AUGCCGAUCGUCGAAGAAGCAUCAAUUUCCAUUCCAGCCUCACAGGCCAACCAAUUCAGCACAGCGAACCCCUUCGCAAGUUUCCGGUCAAUUGAAAACAUUCCUCCAGCUUCUCAGCCGCAACAAGCUAUAGCUUCUUCUUCACAACAUGUUGCACAGCAUCAGCAGAAAUCUUGUUCCUCGAUGCAGAGGUCCAUUCAGCUACCAGGAUCACAAUUCGAUGGAUCACCGCAUGAUGCUCAGAUGAUUGGUAUGACGAACAAUGCACCCGAGUCAUCGAAUGUACAAUUGGCCCUUGGGCUACAACCGCCGUCACAUACAACAUUUCCAGAACAUGAUUAUGCGGCGCUUAUAGCGGAUGCACCAGAUAUAACAAACUUUCUAGACAGCUUUCCUGGACAUCUGCAAGGUAUGAAGCUUGUCAGAGACCCGCCUGACUUGGAUACAUGGAGAAACAUACUGUUUCAUGUCGAUGAGAUGAUUACACUGAGCGAAGAACAGUUUCAAAUAUACUUCCCCCACAUCGACAAUGUUUAUUCCCAUCGCUCUACUCAGCGAUACAAGCGCAAGCCAUUUGCCUCUCAUUACUGGGAUUGCCGGCUGAUAGGCCGGGCAUCAGGGACACCCAAGUCUGACGACCCAAACAAGAAAAAGCGCAAGCGUGUAGCACGGGAAAGAGAUCUUUGUGAUGUCAAGAUCAAAAUAACCGAAUACUUCCCUACAGCCGGUGUGUUGGAGGAUGUGACCAUCCCAGAGGACAUGUUGCCUGACAUGCAUUCUAUGUUCCCACUUCAGGGUAGCAAUGCAUUCAGUGUGCUUUCUGCACCCAGUUCCAAUCUACCGGGGGAUCAUCCCGGGGCAACUGGCAAGAGAUACUUUACAAUUCAACGGGUGAAUGGUACCGGGGCUCAAGGUCAGGGACUGGGAUGUGGCCAUCAACACACGAUAGAGGACAGUGAUCGAGUCAAGAAGAAUAGUGUUCAGCGCAUUCUCCUAAAAGAAGAUAAGCAGAGAAAAAAGAAUACGAACAGAAACAUGUCCGACCAGAAGUCAUAUCACACUAAAGCGACAGGCCUGGCCGCUGUGACGGCAGCUCAACAUACGGCGGAGUCGAGGUUAAAGCUCUAUGGAAGCUGUUUUUGUCCCUUUGUGCAACGAGUAUGGAUAGCACUGGAAAUGAAGAAGAUACCCUACCAGUACAUCGAGGUCGACCCAUACCAGAAGCCUCAAUCGCUGCUUGAAGUGAACCCACGGGGGUUGGUUCCAGCUUUGCGACACGAUGACUGGGGUUGCUAUGAAAGCACAGUGCUUAUGGAAUAUCUGGAAGACUUGAACCUGGGCACAGCACUUCUUCCGGAAGAUGCAAGAAUGCGUGCCCAUUGCCGAGUGUGGGCAGACCAUAUUAAUAGAAGCAUUGUGCCCGGCUUCUACCGAGUACUGCAAGAGCAGAACCCAGAAAAGCAACUUGAGAAUGCAAAGGAGCUUCGGGGUGCUUUUGAUAAGCUGCUCGCCGCUGCACAUCCCCAAGGACCCUUUUUCAUGGGAUCGCAUAUGUCUUUUGUAGACGUGCAGGUUGCCCCAUGGGUCAUUCGACUUAGGCGGGUCUUGAAGCCGUACCGAGGCUGGCCAGAUACCGAGGAGGGAACGCGAUGGGCCUCCUGGGUGAACGCCAUCGAUUCAAAUGAGCAUGUCCGAGUAACGACGAGCUCAGACGAACUAUACUUGGAUAGUUAUGCGCGAUACGCCGAAAACCGGCCCAACACGUCCCAAGUUGCGAAUGCAAUCAAUUCGGGACGGGGGCUUCCUUAG